AUGUGUCUAAGAUUGUCACAGUGGACUUGGUUACAAAGAGCACCAGUGGCCUUUUGGAGGGCGUUUUAGGCCACACCGAGGCAUCACUUACCGUGUGUGUUGAAGGAUCUUGGAUGUAGAAAUAAAAAAAAAAAAUCUAUUUAUUUAUUUUAUUAUAAGAAAUUAUGUAUUUUUUCAAACAUGAACAAACAGAGGACACAAAAGCUCUGAAAAUAAAUUGGAUGAAAACGUUAUUACAUCCUCUGACACUUUUCUAAAUACAUAUUUGUAUCACUUGUUGCUACUUUACUCUGGUAUUUUUAUGAAUAUCUAUUUGAAUUUGACCGUAUUGACUUUUAUCCUUUUUUAAAAUGACUUAUUGCUCAUACGACUACUUUACAAAUUGUUUUAAUAGUGUAGAGAAACUACAGAGCAGUCUAUUAUACACAGUAUAAAAUGACUACUUAUGGUGAUUUAUAUUCCACUGUCAUGACUUAGUGUAAAGGUCAUGACAACUCAAUGAUUAUUUUUGAAAAUCUGUUUGAAAUCUGAAUUUGAUUAAAAAGGAGAUGCCUCUAAAUAAAGUUUGAGUAAAUAUAAAUGAACAUAUAUAAAAAAGAUUUUACCAUACAAAGUUGGUAACCUAAAACAAUAGAUGGUGCUGAAGGUCACAUUCUGGUUCAGCCAUUCAGUAAAAGGAAAUACUCUUACAAAACAACUUCAUUGUAUAAAGUGAGUCAACUUAGAGGUAAGUUAAAGUCAAAGUGGCUGAUAUUUGAUUUUUUUUUCCUUCUCAAAUCUCAGAUUAAGUCUAAUAAAAUGAAGUUCUGGAUUAAGUUGUAGUUCAAAUGUCAUUUUUUACCCUUUUACAAAAAAGUUUUCAACACUUUCAAUCACAUAUGAGAAUUAAAAUCAAUACUUCACCUCUCAAUUCAAAACCUGCUUUAUUUUUUGUUUCCUACUUUUGUAAUAAUAGAAUAAAAAGUCCAGUUUCAGAAACGUUUCAAUACAAGUCCUUGCAUGUACAUGCGGUUUAGCUCAGGUUUGUCACGGAGCCAAUGAAUUGUUUUUUUUUUUUCUGCCUUAUUUCCUCCUGCUUUCUUCUUUAAUAAAACUGUAAAGUAUUCUGACAUACCUGUACUUUAAUAAAUCUAACAGCCUAGAUGAUAGUUUUUAAUCAACCGUAAUUGUACCCUUUAAUCCAGAUUUAUUCAGAGUCCUUGCUGCCCUGCAGAGUUUCAGCCUCUCGGUGUGAAGAAGAUUGUGAAUGAUUCCCCCAAAGAGCUGGGCCAAAGUUUAAACUCCGCCCACUCACCUCCAGCCAAUCAUGUGUAAAUAUUCAAAUGAGCCACCCAUAAAGAUGACUUGUAGCGGCAUCUGUGACAGACCAUAAGAAACUUUACGCCUAAACCACAACUCCAUACCACCUCACGACCGGUGCUUUGAUUUGAGAAACAGGAGACUGGAAUAGAAGAGGUCGAGAGACAUUAAGAGAACUUUUCAUUCAGGAAAUUUCAGGAAAAAACUUUUUAAUAAUAUGGGAAAAGAAAAUAUCAGCUUUUUGACAGUUUGGAUAUUUUUUGGAAAACUCUUUGCAACUCUUUCUGCAGACCCUGAACAUAGUACUGCUGCUGUGUUUGGUAAGACUUAUCUGUUGGUGUUUUGUCCUAUGAUAACUUUUUUUUUUUGGCUGGAUCUCGUCUUUAUGAUUUAUCUCUGUCUUAAUGGAGUCAAUAGAUAGAGAAAGCGGCUUAAUUAAUGCAUGCUGUUCCGUUUUGACCGGGAGUAACCCCUAGUAAUGCUUUUAGACUGCAGGUCUGCAGGUCUGCAUCCCAUUUCAUACCAGUCAUGCCACAUGUGCAUGAGGAGAAGUGGGCCCUUUGUUUAAAAACAAUGAAAAAUAUAGAAAAAUAUGAGAAAAAAUAGAGUUUCAAAGUUCAUGUUUUAUGAUUGAAAAACUUUUUAAUAAUUUAAACUUAAAACAUCCAGCCUAAUCAGACUUUUACAAAUUGUUUUAGGUAUAACUUAAUGAUUGAAAGUCAUUUUAAUCAUUAAGUUAUACUUUUCUCCCAGUUUUUUCCUUUUUUUUCUGACUAUAUGACUCAGAAAAUAAAUAAGCAAUUCAUAUUUUGAGAUUUUGACCAGUUUAAUUCUGGCAAAAACGAGGAACAGACAAAAGGGGGCGACACUGCCAUGCUUUAUAUCCCAGCUGGACGGCUGAGUUUCAAAAGGCACAUAAAUGGUCACUUCAUAUUACAGAGAGGAGCUGACUGUUUCAAAUUUUAUUCUACCUUUUCUUUAUGCUGGACAGAAAAAUCUGAAUCCCAUCAUGUGCAUGUUAAUCUCUGCCUGUCUCUCAUACCAUCAUAAUCUCAUAAAUCUCCUCUGGUGUGUUUGUUGUUACAGUAAACAGCACAGUCACUGCGACUCCUCCGCUGCCCACCACCACUGAAUGGAUCGCAGACUACACUGACAUUCAGUCCAAGUUCUCCCUGCGCACUGCAGACAUCCCUGAUGAUGACAUGUGCUAUAUUGUGGCCGGUGAGCCCGAAACCAUCGGAGAGUGUGAAUUCAACAAAGAGACGCAGACUUUCAUUGUGAUUCAUGGCUGGACGGUAAGUCAUCACGAAUAGAGAACUGUCUUUAUCAUGAUUCACUGUAUAAAAUGACAUCAAAGUAUCAGAUAUCAUAGCUAUCAGUUGGGAGAGCUUUGUGUAAUCGUUCAAAAUCUGAACUCAGUGCUCUUCUGGCCCAUCAUCAAAAAUACUUGUUGGGAUUAUGUAUUGCACAUAUUAAAGGUUUUGGGCUUCAGUAAGCAUCAAAUUGACCGUAACUCUUGAGCCAAGCCCUAAUUGAUGAGACCCAACAUAGUACAAUGAGGUGAAUGAGGCAAUAAAUACACAUCUCGUACUGAGAGUACAGAGUUUGUUCUCUCUGCAUGGAUCUCCUCCUCUAAUGUGAUUUAGAGCCAGUCAUGCAACGAGAUUUGACCCCCUGGCUUCUCUCCAGGAUACAGAAUGAGGGCCAAGGCCAGAGUAAAUCACACCAAACUUCAGCUGACCUCACAAAUGUGCAUGACUAUGUGUGUAUCUGUGUGUUUUGCUGUAGGUCACGGGGAUGUUUGAGAGCUGGGUGCCUAAGCUGGUGUCCGCUCUGUACGACAGGGAGCCCACUGCCAAUGUGAUUGUGGUAGACUGGUUGGUCCGUGCCAGCCAGCACUACCCCACCUCUGCAGCCUACACCAAACUGGUCGGCCGGGACGUCGCCAAGUUUGUGAGCUGGUUACAGGUGAAUGUUCUUCCAGACAAGUUUACAGCUGGCUGACAGCUGGACACAAUUUCUCACUUCCUCUGUCAAGUGCAUUUAGCUUUUGGGAUGGCCAAAUUAUCACCACACUCUACAUUAAUCCACGGAGAAUGAAAAGAAAAGAGAGCAGCCACUGAAUCUGUGACAAAUUUGUAGCUGGUGAUGUCAGUUUUUUUUAACUCAACAAGGCUGCGAGGGAUAUCCCUGCCUACUGGUUAUGAUUUUAAACGCCCAAUAAAGGUGUUUUAUGGCUGUCUCUGUGGCCUCUGAGGAUUAAGUGGGGCUCUCUCUUUGAGCAACCCUGCAAAAAAGGGCAGAGGCAUAAUUAAGGCUCUUUAUUUGUUUUUCUUUUGUUUAAGAGUUCAAAGUUUGAAGCUUGCACAAUUUUGGCACAGUGUUAAAUGACACAAAUCAAACAGAGACAGUACUGCUUUAUUUUGUAUGACCUUAAACUCUUGUAAUCCCCCAGAAAUUCUUUAGAAUUUGCAUCAUGAAUGUCCAUCAGCAUCUCAAACAUCGUCUCCCUUUCAGAAAGAGCUGCAGCUGCCCUGGGACAGGAUUCACUUGCUGGGUUACAGUCUGGGAGCACAUGUGGCUGGAGUUGCUGGAGACCUCACUGAUCAUAAAAUCAGCAGGAUUACAGGUGAAUAUCCAACAUUGUCCUCCUACAUUUCAAGUAAUGUUACAUAAUUAUAAAAUGGUAAUAGUCGUGUUAAGUUGGUCAAAUGUUUUUUAAUGCUGAAGUACAUGAUUAUUAAUUGCAACCAUGAUUUUUGAUUGAUUCUUCAAUGUCUUUCCUUCUGAGUCGAGCAUUUUACCACCUCUUUAUAAAUAUAUCCUUCGACCUCAGAGCAUAUGUAACUUAUUGUGCCUGUAUCCAUUUGUCUUAUUUUAUAUCCAGCUUUAGUGUCUAAGGUUAGACUUGGAGCAAAGCCGUGCAUACCCACAUGCUAUACUGUAGUAUGCCAUACGAACGUCUAGGCACUAUCUGGCACUCAUAAAAACAUGAAAGCACACUAAUGAAAUACAAUCUGCCGACCAUUAUGUCUCAGACCCCCAGUGAACAUGUGCAUGUGCAACUGGGUUCAAUCCACGUGUCUGUGAUUCUUACUAUAAAGUUUUUAAAAUGACAUUCAUGAUCUGCUGGCAGUGAUCUGUUUGUGAUGACUAGCAGAUGAUAGAAACUGAUUUCACUCUAUCGUCUUCCUCUUCAAGGUCUGGAUCCGGCUGGUCCCACUUUUGAGCAUGCAGAUAACCAGAACACCCUGUCCAGAGACGACGCCCAGUUUGUGGACGUCCUGCACACCAACACCAGGGGCUCCCCUGAUCGCAGCAUCGGCAUCCAGAGACCUGUGGGCCACAUCGACAUUUACCCCAACGGAGGAACCUUUCAGCCAGGCUGUGACAUCCAGAAUACACUGCUGGGGAUUGCAUCUGCAGGGCUCAAGGGCCUCCAAAGUAUGUUUCCCAAAUACUUCUGACUAUAUCAAACUGCUUCUCACCUUAAAGUCAUGUUUAAUGUAAGGUUUCAGUUUAUAUCUAUGAAUUAAGGCGUGGAGUCUGCAUUAGAUCAAACCCCUUUGGUUGACAUGCAUCUUAUUAUUAUACUUCAGUUGCUCCAGCCUGCUGGGACCAAUCUCGUUUUCCUGCGUGUAACACUCUGCGCCAUAAAUACACAUCUCUGCCCACAUUAAAGUGAAAGAUUUCUAUAACAAUGCCAUGGUAAAUCAUUAAGAUGGACCUGUCUAAGUUUACAUGGUGUCAACAGACACUUUGACUUCAUAAAAGCUCUCAGGGCUACAAUUAAAGCCUGUUUGUCUGCAGACAUAACAGACCACAGAGUGUCACAGUCGUGUUCUGUCCUGUGUUAACAUGAAAGUCUUUCUUGAUGUUGUGCUGGUUCACUUUCUCAGCUGUCGUAUGACCAGAGCAGUUGAGAAACACCAUCUGGAGAAGCAUUUAGUCUGACAUGUUAAGGAUCCUAAAAUGUACCCACAAAAAGGGUGUUUGUCUGCUGUAUGACGUCAAGUUAUACAGAUUUUCAAAAACGUUUCUGCAUUUCCAUUCCUGCAGAUAUGGACCAGCUUGUCAAAUGUUCCCACGAGCGCUCCAUCCACCUGUUCAUUGACUCCCUGCUCAACAGCCAGCAGCAGAGCAUGGCCUUCCGCUGCAACUCGAAAGACGCCUUUAACAAGGGACUGUGCCUGAGCUGCAGGAAGAACCGCUGCAACAAACUGGGCUACAACAUCAACAAGAUCCGCACGGCCCGCAGCGCCACAAUGUACCUGAAGACCCGGGAGAUGAUGCCUUACAAAGGUACAGAAUUACACUUGGAUGCAAGUAGCUACAUUAACUUGGGAUAGAGACUAUCAUUAACAUGAGUGUCAGUAAAAACAAACUACAUGCACCUAACACAGCUAAAUGUGUGCAACAAGUAGCAAGCAUCCAAGAGGUCAUGGGUACUUCGGUUGCUUGAGCUAUGCUAAGGUAACGCUACACCACUGCAUAUGCAAUGGAAAAGUUUGGCACGAGUCGACUUUAUGAAUGAUGCUCACAUGUGAUAGAAGCAAAAGGGUGUUGUCAUGUGUUGAUGUAACUGUUUUAUGUAACAGGAAUAAAUCGAUAUAUAUAAAUAUGCAUAUUUGUGUGUGUGAGUGAGGGAAAGCAAACAGGAUUUAGCAUUAAUCUGUGCACCGUGACAGUCACAUGCAGACAGAGACAAGGUUAUGUAAGCGCUUUUUGAGAGUGUAAACAACUUAGUAGAUGGGAUACUUAGGGAAAACAUCCAGCUGUGUCAGCGUGUGUCUAAAGUGUACCAUCUGUUUGCUCUUUUGUAGUUUUUCACUAUCAGGUGAAGGCACAUUUCUUCGGCAAAGAGCCGCUGAGCUUCCAAGAGCAGCCCAUGAAGAUUUCUCUGUUUGGAACCCACGGAGAGAAGGAGGACAUUCCCUUCGUCCUGUGAGUACAAUAAAAAAGUUCACCUGACAUGUAGAAACAAAAACACAACCACGUGCAACCAUGAAGAAAUGAAAACAGAUGGUAGCAACUAUGUUUCUAUUCAUACAGACACUAAAUAGAGACUUAAAGGCUCUCGUGCAUCUUACGUCACGCACAUACAUGCACACAUAGAACAAACAUACCACAGAUGCCUUCACUGCUUCCAAUCUGAGCCGCAGACCUUUGACCUUUACUACUCUUUCCACUCUGCAGGCCAGCCCUGAACAGCAAUACCACUCUUUCUUUCCUCAUUACCUCUGAUGUGGACAUUGGAGACCUGAUGAUCGUGAAGCUGCGCUGGGAGAAGGAUGCCAUCUUGAGCUGGAGUAGCUUUUGGGGCACCACCCAGUUUCACCUCCGCAAACUGCGCAUCAAGUCCGGAGAGUACCAGUCCAAGUAAGCCAUUAGAAAUCACUACAAACAUAGGAUUGAAGAGAAACUACAGAGAAUGAUACAAUGACUGUCAUGUGAUUUAGUCCAGUUAUUUCAUGAAAUGAUUUUAUCUUGAAUCCAGAUUAAAAACUUUUAAAUUCUGUAUGAUUUCAGGGUGAUCUUCAGCGCGAAGGAAGGGGAGUUUGCCUACCUUGUCAGGGGAGGAGAGGAUGCAGUCUUUGUCAAGUCAAAGGAAGAUAACAGGAGCCGUGAAGAGAAAAAGUAAGUUAAGAGGAAGCUUCCUUACUUUCUAAUUGUCUUCGUCCCUAGAAAACUUGCUGGGAUGGAUACAGUUGUACAUUUGGCUUUGAGAUGUAUAAUCAGGACCAGGAGUCUUUCUCUUCAUUUCUAUUUUUUCUCUCCUUUCCAGGAUGCACAGGCGGAAGAUGGAGGGCAGUGCUUUUGAGCAGGAUGAUGCUUGA